AGUGCCCCCACCCCCAUGUCACCUGGAGAAAAGCUGGACCCACUUCCUGACAACUUCAUCCUGCAGCCACCAGUCUUCCACCCGAUUGUUCCUUAUGUCACGACAAUUUUUGGUGGCCUGCACACAGGCAAGAUGGUCAUGCUACAGGGAGUAGUACCCCAAAAUGCACGCAGGUUCCAGGUGGACUUCCAGUGCGGCUGCAGCCUAGAGCCCCGGCCAGAUAUCGCCAUCCACUUCAACCCUCGCUUCCACACCAUCAAGCCCCACGUCAUCUGCAACACCUUGCGUGGUGGGCACUGGCAAGCAGAAGCCCGGUGGCCUGGCCUGGCCCUGCAGAGAGGGGCCAGCUUCCUCAUCCUCUUCCUCUUUGGGAAUGAGGCGGUGAAGGUGAGCGUGAAUGGACAGCACUUUCUCCACUAUACCUACCGGCUCCCACUGUCCCGGGUGGACACACUGGGCAUAUUCGGUGACAUCUUGGUGAAGGCUGUUGGGUUCCUGAACAUCAAUGUAAGUUUCUCUGGUACCAAAGCCUGUGCGGCAGCAGCUUCUGAUGUCCUCUGA